UAGCAGUGGAAGUUGUUUGGAAAUCCCUCCUGUUGAUCCUGGAAAGACAUGUAGAAACGCUACAUAUGAUGGCAACAUCUGCAAAAAGAAUAUAAGAACCCGUUACGUUCUGCGUUUCAUCAGAAGUGAAUGGAUGUGUGUGACCUGCCCAGCCAGUGCUGUCACUGUCACUCUACAACCACACGAGGUUACUUACAAUAUGUCUGUUCAAGUUGAUGAUGGUGAUGUUGAUCCCUCAGAAGCAUCAGACUAUUUGAAAAAACUGGAGUCUAAAAUGGAAGAGAUGGAGAAAAACAAUAUAAGCAAAGCAGGGAUCGUCAUGGGGGAUGCUAUUGGUCUUCUUCAUGUACAAGCCAAAAAUACAAAAACCAAAGACAUAUGCUACUCUUCAGAUGAGGACAUUAUAAACGAUUUUGAUUGUCAGAGCGACCUGAAUGCAACCUUUCCCUGGUCUGUAAAGGUUUCCAGCGAGGCCUUUAAUAAAUCACGACGGGAAAACAAUGGAACAGCGUUUCUUGCAAUUCUACAAUUCUACAACAUGAGAAAUGAGAAUGAAACUCAAAAUUACACGGUUUUGAACAAUGAAGUUUAUGGAAUAACGAUGAGGGCCAAUAUCUCCAACCUUACAGACAAUAUUGACAUGUUCUUUACACAAAACGAUCAGGUCGGUAUAGCAUCCUGCGUUUCUUGGGAUGGCAGAGGACAGCUUAAUUGGACGACAUCCGGCUGUAAGACAGAAACAAUGGAACAAUCAAAUGCCAUAAAGUGCUCCUGCUCACAUCUGACGUUCUUUGCAGUGCUGAUGAUCCCUCAGUCUCAGUCAUAUAACAUCACAGCGCAGGAUCUGGAAUCACUGACUUAUAUCACUUAUAUCGGCUGCGGCAUCUCCAUGUUUUUCCUGUCCAUCGCUUUAUUUAUGCAUUUCCUGCUACGGAAAGCCAAAUCAAAUCAGGCCACGAAGAUCUUGAUGAACAUGUUUGUGGCUUUGUUUCUACUGAAUGCCUCGUUUUUGUCAAACGAGAGCGUCGCUAACACACAAGACAACGCUGCGUGCGUCUUCAUAGCGCUGCUCCUGCAUUACUCCAUGCUGGCCUCAUUCACCUGGUUCUUCAUUCAAGCUCUUCAUAUGUACUUAUGGCUCCUCAGACAGAACGUCACCAUCACAAACUACACGAGGAAGAUCACCGUGUUGGGCUGGGCGUUUCCCACUCCAAUAGUCAUAGCUAUUGUUUCUGUGGGAGAAUAUAAAACAGUGAUCAUAAAAACAACAUCUGAAAAAAAUUCACAAAUGUGCUGGAUUGCAAAUCCUUACAUUCUCUACACAGUGAACAUCGGCUACUACGCUUUAGUGUUCAUCUUCACGACAGGAAUCUUCAUCACUAUCUUAACUAGGAUUGUUCAGGCCAGACGCUUAAGAGCGACUGACGGCAAGAGAAAGACGUUCAGAAAGCAGCUGAUGAUGGUGUUGAGUUUGUUCCUGCUCUUCGGUCUGACGUGGUCUGUGGCGUUCUUCAGUUAUGGACCGAUGCUCAUUCCCUCAUAUUACAUAUUCACUGUGUUGAACUCGUUUCAGGACAAAGAAGAGUGA